GGUUACGGGCGGCAGAUCUCGCUCUUGAUUUUUGAGUGUCAUGCUGUUGGAGACAGCAGCGAGUGUUGGCGGCGAGAUAACUCCUGGCGCAGCAGCCGACUUUACAUGAGCGUUUUCAUGUUAUCUGGAUCGAUGUGACUGCCGUUUAACCGUCUGACAUCUGUGAGUUGGUGGUGUUAAAACAUCAGGAUGGCUUCUGUCACCACACUUGGAACCUCUAACUUCACAACUCUUAACAAUUACCUCCAAAACACCACUUGUGACACCCUGUACAGCCAUCGUCAAUAUGCUCGGGUCCUCAUGCCUCUUCUGUACUGCAUUAUAUUCUUUGUGGGGCUUCUGGGAAAUGGCCUCGCCCUCCACGUCAUCCGCCUCAACGUGAAGAAGAUCAACUCCACCACCUUGUACUCUCUCAAUCUAGUCAUCUCCGACAUCCUCUUCACCCUCUCACUGCCUGUCAGGAUAGUCUACUAUGCUCAGGGCUUCCAUUGGACUCUAGGGGAAGCCAUGUGCAAGAUCUCGGGCAUCAUCUUCUACAUGAACACCUACGCCGGGGUCAAUUUCAUGACCUGCCUCAGUGUGGAUCGUUUCAUUGCCGUCGUCUUGCCGCUGCGCUUCGGCCGUCUCAGGAAAGUCAGUAAUGUGCGCUACAUUUGUGUUGGUGUGUGGCUGUUGGUCCUGGCACAGACCUUACCGCUGCUGAGUAUGGAAAUGAGCAACAAUGAAAGGGACGGCUACAUCACCUGCAUGGAAUAUCCACGCUUAGACCAGCUGGAUAAUAUUGCCACCAUGCUCAUCGGCGCAGUCUUUUUGGGUUAUGUCAUCCCUGUGAUAACCAUCCUUGUCUGUUAUUCCGUCUUGUGCUCCAAGCUGCGCUUCACAGCCAAAACCAACCAUCUGACGGAGAAGUCCGGCCGCAGUCGCAAAGCCAUCGGUGUGAUCUUCUGCGUGUCUCUGGUGUUUGUGGUGUGCUUCAGCCCCUACCACAUCGACCUCCUCCAGUACAUGAUACGUAAGCUGCUUUCUACUCCUGACUGCGCAGACCUCACAGCCUUCCAGGUGUCGCUGCACAUCACUGUGUGCCUGAUGAACCUGAACUCCUGCCUGGAUCCCUUUAUCUACUUCUUUGCAUGUAAAGGGUACAAAAGGAAACUAUUGAAGAUACUGAAGAUGCAUGUCAGCAUCUCCUUCUCCAGUGCAGUGAGAAUGUCACCCGAGGGCUCCUCCAAGGACUUUGUAGAUGGCAAUAAGAUCCAACUGCACAGCUCAAAGGUGGCUGAAACAAGUGAAAGAGCAUCAGAGAGGAGAUUAUACUGAGCAGAGCCAAGCUAAGAACCAAGACAACCCAAGUGGACUUUGAUAUCUUCACCAGAGUUUUUAAUGCUAACAUUGCCUUGUUUUCAUUUAUGUACUGUAUAUUUGAUUUCAUGUUUUGUGCAGUGUACAGGUGUCAGAUGUCAGAACAAUCCAUUUCUUCCAAAAGCAAUGAAAGUCUGGGAUUUGAACCUUCAAACCACAUGCCUUUAACACACUUUUUCAUGUCAACCAACUCAGGUCUGACCUGCCUUUUUAUCCAGCCUUAGAUCACACAGCGGACAUAGACAUAUGAACAAAGACUGAGUCUUAGGUGUUUUCCUGGAGUUUCAUUUAAGUCCACAGGUGUUAUCUCUAAGGAAAACUGAGCCCCGAAUCACACUUCCUGUAAUAUGAAUUAACCAUAACAAGUCAAAAAGUCAGCAAAUAUUCAGUUUUUUUUUUCAUUUUGGAUUUUUUACGCAAAAAAAAUAAAUGCUUCAUAGACGGUAUUUGUAAAAAUUUGUAUUUAUUUUUUUUAUAUAGAUUUUACUUUGUACAACUUAAAAUCGGGACAGACUAUAUUUCAGAAAGUAAAAAGUGCUUUUUGGCAAAGUCCCCCCAAACCAAUGAUCAACAGGUUUCAGCUUUUUCUACGUUUGAUGGUUGUUGCCCAUUAUUAUUAUUAUUAGUAACUUAUUUAGAGGUAGCUAUAAAUUCUCUUGUUUGUGCCACCUAGAUGACUCUUGAUGUUUUCAAAAGAUAGUUUUUGCGGAUUAUUCUUAAAGACGACAUAAAAAAGGAUACUGUUUUAUUUUUUAUCAUGACUUCCUUUUUAUAUUUAUUUUUUUGAAAUUGACAUUAAACCAGCAGUUUUAGACUCCAGGACUGGUACAGUCAGAUAUCUGUGAGCGGUCACCCUGAGGGCAAAGCGGGUAGCUGCUUUUUGGCAACCCCUUGGCAGCAUUUAGUUUGUCAAUGGCAGCAGUUCCAUACUUCACAUAGAAAAAUCAUUGUUUAUUUUUUUUGGUUUAUUUUUAUGAGCCUCAAGAUAUGCUGUACAGCCACACCUGUGGUUGGAGCUGUAAAUAGCACUUGAAUACAUGCGUUGAGACCUGGAAUUUUUAUGUGUACAUUAUAGACGCUGCAACUCCACAGAAUCCCACAAAAACAUCCAUAUGUUAUUGUUUUUCUGUCAUGUCUGAGAGAGCAAAAGCAACAAUUGUAUUACUUAUGGAAUGAUUUUAUUGCUAUUUAUUUACUAUUUACCUUAGGAACUUUUUUUUUUACAAAUUAAAUUAAAAAAAAAUCAAUUGAUUUAAUUUUGUGUGUUGUUGUAUUAAAACCAAACGUUCCCCUUUAAUGUGCCAACCAGUUAGUCCCAGAAACAUGAGUACGUAGCUGUAAAUAUUAUUUGGAAAUACAGUUGGUUUCUUUGAUUAGUGGUAACUAAAAGCAAA